AUGGCGCCCUUGCAUCCAAGCCAUUGCCUUCAAUACAUAGCUCCCUUCCCAAUCCCCUCAAUUAAUGGUCAACUGACAGUGCUGUAUUUACGCACUAAUAUAUCAGCUCCCGCCUCCAACGCGCAGCUCACUACCCCACCUCCCCGAAUCAUCGGUGAACAAAACUGUAGCAGCUACAACCACUGUACGACAAGUGUGCUCGUUUGCUUCAAAACAAGAUGCACGGCGUAUAUUAACGCCAAAAACCAAGUCAAACUUGUACAGCACAUCGUAUACAAAAUGUAUAAAUUCUUGCGCCUUCUGGAUACAACAUUGGCAACCGGCAUUCGGAGAAUACUGGGUCAUGGUUGGCUGUUGGGUCCAGACUUUCGAAAAAUCAGAGAUCGCCGUGAUACCGGACCGCCAAGCGUUCAGAAUUUUUGGCCAAUCUUGCGCGGCAUAGGCUUCUCAACCCUUACCAAACAACCAACGUAUGUUGAAAUGGAGAUGGACCUAAAGGAAGCCUCGCGUCACACACUUUACGUACCGACUGGGUUGCGUUUGGACCCACCGAUCUUUCUUACGGGGUCACAUGUGCGCAUCGACUGUUCGAGUGAUGGUUCAUUGCCUCCUGUACCGAUAAGCUUUAGCAUCGAAUGCCCACCGCCUCCAACGGCAGUGGUGGAACAUGAUCGAGUCACUCAGGCAAAACAAAGUUUAUCCUACGAGCAGUUCUACCGCACUUACGGGUUCCGAUCGCCUCCGACCCUGGCUGAUUUGGCACCUUACGUGGCGCGAAAGCAUGCUAGUCAACUUCUUCGCCUUGGCCACGUGGCCAUAGGCAAGGACAACAAGACUCUGCGGGCCACAUUGUCAAUAACAGAGAAAGCCCACGAUUGUCAUGUGGUCUGCCGUCUUGCUGGAAAAGAGACACGUCGACGAUUGACAGUCUAUUGUGAGUUGAUUAUUCAGUCUUUUAUUUCGUUUGCAACUGAACCCCAUGACCGCAAGAGGCGGCCAACCCUUGACUUGACUUGGCAGAGGAGUAUGAAGGAGAUCACGAAACGCUUGGGUGCCGUCGGUGCUACUCGCCUUCCAGGAUGGAGACCGCGUGAUCCUCACUGUGCCUGGUUGGAGACACUACAAGAUAUGGCUGCCAACCGAUGUCAGUGGCGUUCUUGUUGUCAGUUUCUUUCCAGAUCACCUGACGUUUGCUUCAAAACAAGAUGCACGGCGUAUAUUAACGCCAAAAACCAAGUCAAACUUGUACAGCACAUCGUAUACAAAAUGUAUAAAUUCUUGCGCCUUCUGGAUACAACAUUGGCAACCGGCAUUCGGAGAAUACUGGGUCAUGGUUGGCUGUUGGGUCCAGACUUUCGAAAAAUCAGAGAUCGCCGUGAUACCGGACCGCCAAGCGUUCAGAAUUUUUGGCCAAUCUUGCGCGGCAUAGGCUUCUCAACCCUUACCAAACAACCAACGUAUGUUGAAAUGGAGAUGGACCUAAAGGAAGCCUCGCGUCACACACUUUACGUACCGACUGGGUUGCGUUUGGACCCACCGAUCUUUCUUACGGGGUCACAUGUGCGCAUCGACUGUUCGAGUGAUGGUUCAUUGCCUCCUGUACCGAUAAGCUUUAGCAUCGAAUGCCCACCGCCUCCAACGGCAGUGGUGGAACAUGAUCGAGUCACUCAGGCAAAACAAAGUUUAUCCUACGAGCAGUUCUACCGCACUUACGGGUUCCGAUCGCCUCCGACCCUGGCUGAUUUGGCACCUUACGUGGCGCGAAAGCAUGCUAGUCAACUUCUUCGCCUUGGCCACGUGGCCAUAGGCAAGGACAACAAGACUCUGCGGGCCACAUUGUCAAUAACAGAGAAAGCCCACGAUUGUCAUGUGGUCUGCCGUCUUGCUGGAAAAGAGACACGUCGACGAUUGACAAGGAGUAUGAAGGAGAUCACGAAACGCUUGGGUGCCGUCGGUGCUACUCGCCUUCCAGGAUGGAGACCGCGUGAUCCUCACUGUGCCUGGUUGGAGACACUACAAGAUAUGGCUGCCAACCGAUGUCAGUGGCGUUCUUGUUGUCAGUUUCUUUCCAGAUCACCUGAGCUUUCAAAUAAAUCAUGGUUGUACGGCAGUGAAGCAUCGGUGUUGAACACUGAUGUCAUGCUGUCAGUGAUGAUGGUUCGUGGUUUGAACCCGACCUCUGACUCUCGAUUUCCUCUGUCUAGGCUUGAGCGACCCGGCAGUGUCCCAGCCCUCGCGCUUCCUUCAGGUGGCAUGGCAGCCAGGCACCGAAUGGGUGCUACAACUGAACGAUUUCUUUUCGCUACACGCCUGAUGAGCUGUACCGAAGUGGACUUGGACUAUGGUGGCAAUCAAUCAAUUGUGGCAGUUGUUUCCGAUUCCAAGUCGGUCGUAAAAUUCUAUCAAAGCACUUUAGGAUUCCAAUCAAGCUACAUCAUCGGCAGCAUGACAUCAGUGUUCAACAUCGAUGCUUCGCUGCCGUACAACCAUGAUUUAUUUGAAAGCCUUAUUGUAAAGAAAAGAGUAAAGACACUCACUCAGGCGAUCUGGAUAGAAACUGACGACAAGAACGCCACUGACAUCGAUUGUCAGUCAUAUCUUGUAGUGUCUCCAACCAGGCACACCGUGUUCAUAUGCAUUCACGAUCAGCUCUCUCGAGCGAGAUGGCCCAAGUGGUUAGAGCGCGAAUUUACUGACCGUAAGGUUCGUGGUUCGAACCCGAUCUCUGUCUCUCGACCUCCCCUGCCUAGUCUCGGGCAACCUGGCAGUAUCCCAGCCCUCGCGCUUCCUUCGGGUGGCAUGGCAGUUAGGCACCGAAAGGGUGUUAUAGCUGAGAAGUUCAGUAUUUUUUCUAAAUUCAGUACCGCACUGCCACCCGAAGGAAGCACGAGGACUGGGCUACUUCCAGGUUGCCCAAGCCUAGACAGUGAAAGUCGAGAGGCAGAGUUCGGGUUCGAACCACGGACCUUCCGGUCAUGCAACCCGUUGCAAAGUAAGAUCGUGUCAGGACGAGAUGGUCCAAGUGGUCAGAGCGCGAAUUUACCGACUGGAAGGUCCGUGGUUCGAACCCGACCUCUGCCUCUCGACUUUCCCCGUCUAGACUUGGGCAACCUGGCAGUAUCCCAGCCAUCGUGCAACCUUCGGGUGGCGUGGCAAUUAGGCACUGAAAGAGUGCUACAGCUGAACGAAGCUUAUGCUGCAUCUUUGCUCAUUUUUUUGGAAAAUGGGGGCGAAACAGCUCAGCGGUUAGAGCGCGAACUUACUGACCGGAAGAUCCGUGGUUUGGGCAACCUAGCAGUAUCCCAGCCAUCGUGCUUCCUUCUGGUGACAUGGCACGUAGGUACCGGAAGGUUCCUACAGCUGAAUGAUUUUUCUGGAAAACAGUUGGUAGUUUUGUAA